CGUAACUUUAAGAAAAACACGAUGAUGAGUUCGGCGUUUAGAAACGCUCACUUGACUGCGUCUCGUUUGAUAAACCCUAAGCCCUUUUCUUCUUCUUCGAUUCUCCAUUUCCUUCCUCUCUGUUCCGGCGACGCUUCUCCUCGGCGUUCCAAUCCUCUCCGGCAUCGAAACUCGGUGUCUCCUUCAUCUUCCUUCCCUUUCUGCUCAAUUUCUUCUUUCUGCAUUCCUAUGGCGGGAGGAGAUGGUCAAGGCUCUCAUUCGCUUGAGAAACAGUUCGACAGUUUCCGUGUUCAAUUGGAAGAAUCUGCUGCUUUGAGAGAGCAGAUUCGUGCUGUGGUUAUGGAGAUUGAGUCCGCUACUAGGCUCAUUCAAGCUAAUCUUCUUCUCGUUCACCAGUCACGACCUAUUCCUGAGGUUAUCGAGAAAUCUAAGGAAAAAAUCAAUGAUUUGAAGAAGUUUUACGGCCGGCUUGCUGAGAUUCUUCGGGAGUGUCCUGGACAGUACUAUAGGUACCAUGGAGACUGGAGAAGUGAAACACAAGCAGUGGUCUCCCAGCUUGCUUUUAUGCACUGGCUAGAAACUGGAACUCUUCUUGUGCAUACGGAAGCUGAAGAAAAACUUGGGUUGAACAGUCUGGAGUUUGGAUUGGAGACUGAAGAUUAUCUGACUGGAAUCUGUUUCAUGUCAAAUGAUCUUCCUAGGUACGUGGUAAAUCGAGUGACAGCAGGAGACUACGACUGCCCGAGAAAGGUGAUGAAUUUCUUGACGGAUCUUCACGCAGCCUUUCGCAUGCUGAAUCUCAGGAACGAUUUUCUGCGCAAGAAAUUCGACAGUAUGAAGUAUGACCUGAGAAGAGUGGAAGAAGUUUACUAUGAUGUGAAGAUCAGAGGUUUAAUAUCCGGUGGGGAUAUUCCUGGCGUCCAAGUAACCCAAGGCCAAUCUUAAGUCUCCACUCUCAAUCUAUUCAGACUAUGUUUAGCUCAGCAAGAAAACGGUUUCUAUAAAACAAAAAACAGUGUACAAGCCCCCUCGAGCAAUCCCUGAAAACGACACGUGGUUUUUAAUCUUUGUCGCCGACCUUUACUUCUGAAUUGGGUGGGCCUUUGACUUAAUACGAAAGGCCCAUAUUUUAUUCCUUUGGAACGAACAGACGUCUGUGUGAAAUAAGGAGUCAGUAAACGUCGUGAAAAAGAAUCUAAACUUUUCCGUUA